UUAUCGUAUUUCAAAAUGUAUUUUAUAAAUACACACAACUCACCAUUUUAAAUUUACGCACAAAAUUCAUAGGUUGGGUUUCCAAUGAUAACAAAUGCUGAAAUGUAUUUACAUAAAUUGAAACAACUGAAUUGAAAGGAAUUAAGAAGAAGUAAUAAACGAAAACAUGGAUGACUGUAAAAACACAGUAAUUAUCACGGGAUUUGGACUUGAUAUCAAGAAAGAGGAUUUUAUCCAACAUUUCAAACGUUUUGGAGAAAUACAAAAAUGUAACCUGGUAACUACAGGAUCGGAAGGGAUAGUGACAUUUGCCGACUCUAAAACUGCGGAAGAAGCUGUAAAAGAACUUGACGGAAAAGAAAUAAACGGAAAUGUGAUCAGAGUUAAACUGAUGGACAAGUGUUAUAACAUCGAUAAUAUUUGCAAUGAAGAUUAUGGUAACACAACAAACAACCAAAAAGAUAUACCUUGUGAUGAACAUCACAAGAAAAAGUUUGGUGGCGGUAAAGGUGGAAAAGGAGGGACCGGAAGUUUGAACGUUCCCAGUGGACAUGAUGGUGAAGAUGGCGAACCGGGUCCUGGGGGAAAAGGUGGUGCAGGUGGUAAACCGGCUAUAACUAAUCCAAACCUGGGUAAAAGAGCCUUUGAAUCGAAUGGUGAAAAUAUGAAAAACAAAUAUGAAUGUAUCGGUGGUGGAAAAGGCGGUAAAGGUGGAACCGGGGGUCGGAACGUUCCAAGUGGACAUGACGGUGAGGACGGCGAACCUGGUCCUGGUGGCAAAGGUGGUGCGGGUGGCAGACCAGCAGUAUUAAAAAACGACUAUAGAUGGAAUGGUUACUGGAACAACAAUCCGUGGUAUACAAGAUGGUUUGGUCUUGGAAGGCCGAAUAAGAAAAACGCGCAAGAAUAUAAUUAUUCAGGUGGCGGAAAAGGUGGAAAAGGCGGAAUCGGGGGUCUGAAUGUUCCAAGUGGACAUGACGGCGAGGACGGAGAGGCCGGUCCUGGUGGUAAAGGUGGUGCGGGUGGCAGACCAGCAGUGUGACAUACAACUUCAAAACUUUGACUCCUUCGAUGUUAUGGUGUUUUUUCGUUCUCAUAUAUUAGUUUUUAAGAUAAAAGUAUAAACAUCUCAAAUAAAAGCAAAUGUUUAGCAAAAUAAUAUUUAUUGCCGGAAUAAGGUUGUUUUCCAAUGACUUAAUUUUAUUGUAUUGUUUCUAUAUCUCAAUUUAAAUGUAAAACAAUUACAUAAAUAAUCGAAGAUUUUAACUCUCUCAUAUCAAACAAGAACACAGUAAAACAUUGAUUAAUAAAAUUGUGUUUUUACUUAUUGAAACGAAAUUCACAAAAUGUGUAUGAGAUCUUGUAGUCUGAUAGGAAACCCGUGUACAGAGUAUAUUGAUAUUUGGUAAAUGCAAAUAUAUUCUGUAAUAUUU